CCUCAAAAUAGAAUUCAAAUGAAGGGAAUAAAAACAAAAGGAAGAAAAAAGAAGGAUCUCUCCUCUCCUACAUAUCUCUCUAUCCACAUAGUAGCUCGAAGCAGCAGCAGCAACGGCGGGGCGGCAGCAAACAGGGGAAAGCGAAACGGAAAAGAAAAGAAAUGGAGCAGCAGCAGGGUAAACAAGGAGUGACGGUGGCCAAACUGUUUCCCAAUCAAGACCCAAUUAAGUUCGUUCAGUUUAAGUUCAAGGAAUUGGAGGAUGGCUUCAAGUCUUGGUUGUCCAAGCAAUCUUUGCCUGUCGAGGCCGCCGUUGUCACUGCCACCGGCGGUGUUCAGGGCGCUGCCAUCGGAGCCAUCAUGGGUACCCUCACCCCUGACAUCUCUUCCUCUAUGCCAACUCCCCCUCCUCAGGCCUCUCUCAACCCUCAAGCCAUGGCCUCUCUCAAGCAAGCCCAAGCUUUAGCUGGUGGACCCUUAAUACAAGCACGCAAUUUUGCUGUAAUGACUGGAACCAAUGCCGGCAUAGCUUGUAUCAUGAAGAGAUUGCGCGGCAAGGAGGAUGUCCAAUCUAGCAUGGUUGCAGCUUUUGGUUCCGGUGCCAUGUUUUCGUUGGUGAGUGGCAUGGGUGGCCCAAAUCUUGCUACUAAUGCAAUCACUUCUGGACUUUUCUUUGCAUUAGUUCAGGGUGGUCUUUUCAAGUUGGGGGAGAAGUUAUCUAAACCACCAGUUGAAGAUUUGUGCUAUGCCAGAACAAGAUCCAUGCUAAAUAAUCUUGGUCUCCAGAAUUAUGAAAAGAAUUUCAAGAAAGGGUUGUUGACAGAUAACACUUUGCCUUUGCUGACCGACAGUGCUCUUAGAGAUGUAAGAAUCCCUCCUGGACCAAGACUUCUCAUUCUUGAUCACCUUCGAAGGUCUGGUUCUGAUUGGUUUGGAUUGCUGCGGAGCCUUGAAUUGAAUGAUAUCGCGCACAGCUUGUAUAGUGAAUGCGGUAGUGGUGUCUCAUCUGGUGUGAUAUAUGGUUGGAGCAAUUGUCUGGUAGCAAGGGCACCAUGGUUUGCUUUUUGAGUUUUGGGAAGUUGUCAUGACCAAGGUCGUAUUCAAACUCUUGGAAAUGCACGUCGGCAUCUCAUGAUGCAUCCUGCCUAACCUUGUUCUUCGAAUCCUUGUUUCAAGCAGUGCUAACACUCUUUUCAAUUUUUCGUUUGAAAAACAAAAAAUCGGAUGGGGUUUUUUAAUCCUUUUAUAUCAUCUCCUCGGGAGUGUUAAACAAUGGCCAAUUAAUUUAAUUUCAAUCUUCAUCA